GAGGCGGCGUGAGGCGAGGCGGCGGCGGCCCAGCCCGCGGCCGAAGAGGACGGAGCCCGCGGCCGCGCCGAGCGGGGAUGCUGGCACAUGUGUCCUGGCCCCUGACACCCUUCUGCGAGCCUAGGGGUCCAUCCCCCUCCCGUGGCAGGGACAUCGCUGGAGCCGCCUCAGACACACAGGAGUCCCUGGUGAACUUUGUCAUGGUUAUUUAAGGAACCUCGCCUAGAAGUCCCAACUCACAGUUCCCCAUUGACGGGAAGGCCUGGACUCCAAGAUGAUUAUAAAGGAAUAUCGGAUUCCUCUGCCGAUGACCGUGGAGGAGUACCGCAUCGCUCAGCUGUACAUGAUACAGAAGAAGAGCCGCAAUGAGACAUAUGGCGAAGGCAGUGGCGUGGAGAUCCUGGAGAACCGGCCGUACACGGACGGCCCCGGCGGCUCCGGGCAGUACACGCACAAGGUGUACCACGUGGGCAUGCACAUCCCUGGCUGGUUCCGCUCCAUCCUGCCCAAGGCGGCCCUGCGGGUGGUGGAGGAGUCCUGGAAUGCCUACCCCUACACCCGAACCAGGUUCACCUGCCCUUUUGUGGAGAAAUUCUCCAUCGACAUUGAAACCUUUUAUAAAACCGAUGCUGGAGAAAACCCCAACGUGUUCACCCUCUCGCCCGUGGAAAAGAACCAGCUGACGAUCGACUUCAUCGACAUUGUCAAAGACCCUGUGCCCCCCAGCGAGUAUAAGACAGAAGAGGAUCCCAAGCUGUUCCAGUCGGCCAAGACCCAGCGGGGGCCCCUGCCCGACAACUGGAUUGAGGAGUACAAGAAGCAGGUCCUACCCAUCAUGUGCGCCUACAAGCUGUGCAAGGUGGAGUUCCGCUACUGGGGCAUGCAGUCCAAGAUCGAGAGGUUCAUCCACGACACCGGCCUGCGGAGGGUGAUGGUGCGGGCCCACCGGCAGGCCUGGUGCUGGCAGGACGAGUGGUACGGGCUGAGCAUGGAGCACAUCCGGGAGCUGGAGAAGGAGGUGCAGCUCAUGCUGUCCCGCAAGAUGGCCCAGUUCAACGAGGAGGACGAGGGGGCCGCUGAGCUCGCCAAGGACAAGGCCGCCCAGGACCAGGCCUCCAGGGAGCCCCCCGAGCCCAGCAGCAGCAACGGGGAGCCCCUGGUGGGGCGGGGCCUGAAGAAGCAGUGGUCCACGUCCUCCAAGUCGUCACGGUCAUCCAAGCGGGGAGCCAGCCCCUCCCGCCACAGCAUCUCGGAGUGGAGGAUGCAGAGCAUCGCCAGGGACUCCGACGAGAGCUCAGACGACGAGUUCUUCGAUGCGCACGAGGACCUGUCCGACCAGGAGGAAAUGUUCCCCAAAGACAUCACCAAGUGGAGCUCCAAUGACCUCAUGGACAAAAUCGAGAGCCCAGAGCCAGAGGACGCACAGGAUGGCCUGUACCGCCAGAGCGCCCCUGAGUUCAGGGUGGCCUCCAGCGUGGAGCAGCUGAACAUCAUGGAGGACGAGGUCAGCCAGCCGCUGGCUGCGCCGCCCUCCAAGAUCCACGUGCUGCUGCUGGUUUUGCACGGAGGCACCAUCCUGGACACGGGCGCCGGGGACCCCAGCUCCAAGCAGGGCGACGCCAACACCAUCGCCAGCGUGUUCGACACGGUCAUGCGUGUGCACUACCCGAGCGCCCUGGGCCACCUGGCCACCCGCCUGGUGCCCUGCCCGCCUGUCUGCUCAGACGCCUUCGCCCUGGUCUCCAACCUCAGCCCCUACAGUCACGACGAAGGCUGUCUGUCCAGCAGUCAGGACCACAUCCCCCUGGCCGCGCUGCCCCUGCUGGCCACCUCCUCCCCCCAGUACCAGGAGGCGAUUGCCAUGGUGAUUCAGCGGGCCAACCUCGCCUACGGGGACUUCAUCAAGUCCCAGGAGGGUGUGACCUUCAACGGGCAGGUCUGCCUGAUUGGGGACUGCGUCGGGGGCAUCCUGGCGUUCGAUGCCUUGUGCUACAGCGGCCAGCCCGUGUCGGAGAGUCAGAGCAGCAGCCGCCGGGGCAGCGUGGUCAGCGUGCAGGACACUGACCUGCUGUCCCCGGGUGGUGGCGGCGCUGGCAGUGGCGGUGGCUCCAGCCUGGAGAACAGCCGGCACCUGAGCCGCAGCAACAUCGACAUCCCCCGCGGCAACGGCACCGAGGACCCCAAAAGGCAGCUGCCCCGCAAGAGGAGCGACUCGUCCACCUACGAGCUGGACACCAUCCAGCAGCACCAGGCCUUCCUGUCCAGCCUCCACACCAGCGUGCUGAGGACCGAGCCCAGCACCUACCGCUCGAGCAGCUCCACCAUGCUGGACGGCACGGGGGCCCUGGGCAGGUUUGACUUCGAGAUCACCGACCUCUUCCUCUUCGGGUGCCCUCUGGGACUGGUCCUGGCCUUGAGGAAGACCAUCAUCCCAGCCCUGGAUGUUUUCCAGCUGCGGCCGGCCUGCCAGCAGGUCUACAACCUCUUCCACCCCGCGGACCCCUCCGCCUCCCGCCUGGAGCCGCUGCUGGAGCGGCGCUUCCACGCCCUGCCGCCCUUCAGCAUCCCCCGCUACCAGCGCUACCCGCUGGGGGACGGCUGCUCCGCGCUGCUGGUCGAGACCGUGCAGAGAAACCCCGAGCUGGUCCUGGAGGGUGGCCCCCAGGGCCCUCUCCCCCACGGGGACGGCUUCCUGGAAACCAGUAUCCCCGUUCCCGCGCCCACCUGGCAAGACGGGCCCCGCCCCAGCCCGGGCUGUGCUGAGUCGGACGCGCUCCAGACCCACAACACGGUCUUCCAAGAGCACGUGGCCCCCUCCUCACCAGGAGCAGCGCCCACCAGCCGCGGCUUCCGCCGAGCCAGUGAGAUCAGCAUCGCCAGCCAGGUGUCGGGCGUGGCCGAGAGCUACACGGCGUCCAGCAUUGCCCAGAUUGCGGCAAAGUGGUGGGGCCAGAAGCGGAUCGACUACGCCCUGUACUGCCCCGACGCCCUCACGGCCUUCCCAACCGUGGCCCUGCCCCACCUCUUCCACGCCAGCUACUGGGAGUCAACAGACGUGGUCUCCUUCCUGCUGAGACAGGGCAGCUUCCCGAGCAGGAGGCCCCGGCUGGCACCUGCCCCAUGGCCUGCCCUGUCCCCCCAGGUCAUGAGGCACGACAACUCCAGCAUCUUGGAGCUGGACGGGAAGGAGGUGUCGGUGUUCACCCCCUCCAAGCCGAGGGAGAAAUGGCAGCGCAGGAGGACCCACGUGAAGCUGCGGAACGUCACCGCCAACCACCGGAUCAACGACGCCAUCGCCAAUGAGGAUGGCCCCCAGGUUCUGACGGCCCGGUUCAUGUACGGGCCCCUGGACAUGGUCACCCUGACGGGGGAAAAGGUGGACGUGCACAUCAUGAUGCAGCCGCCCUCGGGCGAGUGGCUCUACCUGGACACGCUGGUGACCAACAGCAGUGGGCGCGUCUCCUACACCAUCCCCGAGACGCACCGCCUGGGCGUGGGGGUGUACCCCAUCAAGAUGGUGGUCAGGGGAGACCACACGUAUGCCGACAGCUACAUCACGGUGCUGCCCAGGGGCACGGAGUUCGUGGUCUUCAGCAUCGACGGCUCCUUUGCCGCCAGCGUGUCCAUCAUGGGCAGUGACCCCAAGGUGCGGGCCGGGGCCGUGGACGUGGUGCGGCACUGGCAGGACCUGGGCUACCUCAUCAUCUACGUGACGGGCCGGCCCGACAUGCAGAAGCAGCGGGUGGUGGCGUGGCUGGCCCAGCACAACUUCCCCCACGGCGUGGUGUCCUUCUGUGACGGCCUGGUGCACGACCCGCUGCGGCACAAGGCCAACUUCCUGAAGCUGCUUAUCUCCGAGCUGCACCUGCGCGUGCACGCGGCCUACGGCUCCACCAAGGACGUUGCGGUCUACAGCUCCAUCAGCCUGUCCCCCAUGCAGAUCUACAUCGUGGGCCGGCCCACCAAGAAGCUGCAGCAGCAGUGCCAGUUCAUCACGGACGGCUACGCGGCCCACCUGGCCCAGCUGAAGUACAAUCACCGAGCACGGCCAGCCCGCAACACGGCUACCCGCAUGGCCCUGCGCAAGGGCAGCUUCGGCCUGCCAGGCCAGGGCGACUUCCUGCGCUCCCGGAACCACCUGCUCCGCACCAUCUCGGCCCAGCCCAGCGGGCCCAGCCACCGGCAUGAGCGGACGCAGACCCAGGCAGACGGCGAGCAGCGCGGGCAGCGCAGCAUGAGCAUGGCGGCCGGCUGCUGGGGCCGCGCCAUGACUGGCCGCCUGGAGUCGGGGGCAGCCACGGGCCCCAAGUAGGGCACCGUGAGUCCUGCACUGGGGUCUCCAUGGUGCUAGGCCAGCGUGGCCAGCCCACCCACGAGGCCUGGCCUGGGCACACGCAGGCGCUGGGGACAAGCACAGACGUGGGCCUGGGAGCUUGUCCCAGGGCCCCUCAAGGACACAGGCCGUGCCACACAGUCCUCCCAGCCCUGCCUCGUGUCCUAGGGUCUGAGGGGUCCAGCUUGUCGUGGAAGCUGCGGGACCACCAGCCCCAGGAUGACAGAGGGGCCAGGACCUCCGCCAGAGACUGGCCUGGCUCUCCCGGACUUCUUGCCCUGCGUGGAUCUCCCAGCAUCCUGGUGCCGGGUGUGGGCCAGGGCCCAGCCUGUGACCUCCCUGCCACCGGCUCACCUCACCCCAGUCCCUCCCAUCUGGUAGCAGCUCCAUCAGGGGCCAGCCUGCUUCUUGUUAACUCGAGCGACUCAACUGUUCAACCUCACUGGUUUUGCACUGAUUUUUGAGAGCGGUGACCCAUGACCCUCUUCUGUGGCUACAGACCCGUUGACAUGCAUGAAAAUUCAGUAUUUGCUGACCCAGGACCUAGGACCACACCAAGGCUCCAGUGCGGCAAAUCCUCGUGCAAGCAGGAAACAAAGGCCAUCAUCUUACCUUCUGCAGCCCGGACCCCUGCCCUCUGUCCGCUUGCCGCACCUGGAGCCCAGGCUGGCCUCAGGCCUGGUCCCGUUUCCGGCCCCGGGCACAGCCCAGGCGCGAGACCCCGAAGCCCGGCCGCCUCUUCCACACCUUGCCAUCAGCGGAGGCCCCGGCAGUGGCCGCCGCCCGCCCACGUUUCUACGCCUUUCUACUUCUCGAUCUGAUUUCUAUGAGGUUUUUUUAAAUGAGCAAUCCUUGGCUGCUUCCUUUUCUUAACUCUCAGUACCAAGCGCAGCCCUUCCACACUGGAAACACCCAGCACUGUGACGGAGUCCAGCCUGGCUCCGGGCCGCGGGCUCCUGCCUCACCCAGCCCGUCAGUCCCACUGAAUUUCUACUCUGGGGUGGGUGGGGCACACUUAGGUUUUUUUAAUGCCAAUUCCGUUUCGAAGCCGAAUCUAAGAAGCCACAACUUGCUUUGUCAGCUUGAGGGCAGGUGGCCCCGAUUCGUCUCACCCGAGCAAGGACCGUGCUGUCCUGCACGCCGGUCCCAGCAUCAGCCCUCCCCCGGUCGCCAGCACGGCCUCAGCUGUGGCGCUCAGCUGCCGGCUAGGGCGGCCCUGGCUGCUCCCCACCCUCCCUGAGGUGGGAGAGCCUGCCCGGCCUUGCCAGCCGUCCAGCAACCAGGCCUGUCCCCAAGAAGCUGCGGCCAACCUGGAUCCGGCCUCAGGGCUGCGUGGAUGGGGCUGGGAGGUGCACAGAUCGAUGUUCCCUUUUCCCUGUGUGUAGAUAUGUACAGCCAAAGGGUCGUGUAAAUGUUCUGCAAAAGUGGGUCUAUACAGAGUGAAAGCUAUUUAUUUUGUGCAGAGAGGGAUGGAAGCUUCAGGGUUUAUUCAUAUUUAAGAUGUAGCUUUUCGUUGUUGUUUCGGGUGUUAUGUAUAAAGCAACGAUUAUUUUACGGACCAAGUUCUCACAUAACUGUUGCAGUGGAAGUGCAAUAUCUGACCCCCUCUGUUCCCCAGCGGGAAGUCGCUUGGCCUGACAAUCACAGCCCCGGCCAGGGGCCCCUGUGGCCGGUGCUUCUCCUCUCCCGGCCCUGCCUCACCCUGUCCUGCCUCUGCCUCGGUGACCAGCCAUCUGGAGAAGCACCUGGAAGAGGCCCGGGCCCUCCUGCAAUAAGGGUCGGGAGGCCCUGUGGGCAGUGGGCUCGGCCUCUCCCCAGGGGCAGCUCCCCUCGGCCGCACGCUCCCGCCCGCCUGCCCAGCCGCCAGCCAUGCCAAGGACAACAGCAAUAGUCCCCUGGGCCUCUCCCAGCGGCCCUCAGCCAUAGAUGGCAAGAUGGGCAGCCCACCCUCCCCACGCGAGUCUCUCUUCCGUAUCCAGGUCUGCUUUCUGCCCCCUUAAGAUUCCUUUUGGCACAUUCUCCUCUUGAGAAAGUACGUUUCUCAGAAACUAAGAGAGGGAGGGCAACGUCCUUUAAAAAUACCAAAAAUGUUUACAGUGUCGGGUGCUGAGCCGCAGGGCUCAGGCCUGACCAGUCAUAACCAAAGGGUGAGGCAGGCCUUGCCGACUGCCACCCCCACCUGGGCCUGUUAGAAUAGAAGCCUUAGUCCCACGCCCCUGUGCCCCCUGUGCCCCCUGGACUGAGCCUCCCCCCGCCCCGUCCUGCCACCUGCCUUCUCUGUGAUGUCUACGGAGGGAUUCAGCAGAGCCCCGCCCCUUCCUGGCUCGGUCUCCACACGGCCCCUCCCAUCUGUCCGAAUGCGGUCUGUCUCUCUGGGCCACGUGUGAGCGGUGUCCUGACUCCCCACCCACCUUGCUGUUUCUGCAUCCCUGGGCCUGAGUGUGCUCUGUAUACAGCGUCACUGUCUGUUAUUCCAAUUAAAGAAGCAGGAAGGCUUC